CGGAAACAAGUAACCCGCCACUAACAAUUCGUCCUCUGGAUGGCUGCAGCAAGGUUAUUUCCUCGUGCAUGGAGAAGGAAAAUAUAGGAUUAUUUAAUCAUCAUAUAUACCACAUUCGCCUUGUCUCAUUUUAAUAAUCAGUAAGGUAACUUACGUUCCCUCUGGACUGCUGUUCCGUUGAUUCAUGCGAUGAGUAGCCUUCCCUAGUGUAAUUUUGAUUGUAAUAGUCAUAUUCAAAUCAGUAUAUGGUUUGUUACAUGAAAGUGGACAUUUGGAACGGGGCGCACGAAUACAAAACCUCAAACACAAGUGGCAUGUAUCAUUGGCAUGCUUAUUGGACAUCCACACCGACAGAUGGCUCCUGAAGAUUUAGCGCUCAGCACCCUGGCAAUUCUCCAUGCGACACCACAAAAUAAUACAAUUCCCCGACCCUGCAUUAAUGCAGUGCACUGGGCCAAGGUUCGAAACCUACCCAGGUGACCCGGACGCACUGAGCACAUAGGAAUGACAGAACCGCGACUCGGCUGUAGGUAGGUACAGCACUGACAGUGCCCCGGGCGGAAGUGUUAUUUUAGUGUUAAGAAUAGACACAUUUCCAAGAGAUUGCGGAAUGCGAGACCGGCCCUCCUACCAAAGGAAAGAUGAGGGAAUGGUGGCUUCUUGUGGGCUUGCUGUGCAUUCCUCUGCUGGCAGUCUACCUGCACAUCCCUCCUCCCCAACUGUCUCCAGCCCUCCUGACCUGGCGCUCUGCCGGAGCAUUCUUCACUUUCAGGAGCAACAAUAUAUUCUACAGGGAGACCUAUGGUGCUGUAGGCAGCUCUGAUGUGGUCAUUCUCCUCCAUGGCUUCCCUACCUCCAGCCUGGACUGGUACAAGAUAUGGGAGCCCCUGAAUCGGCGCUUUAACCGUGUCAUUGCUCUGGACUUUCUUGGUUUUGGCUUCAGUGACAAACCUAGGCCCCACCGCUACUCCAUCUUUGAGCAGGCCAGUGUUGUGGAGGCGUUGGUGUCCCACCUGGGUCUGACAGAGCAGAGGGUCAACCUGCUCUCCCAUGACUAUGGAGACACUGUGGCCCUGGAACUGCUCUACAGGAGUGACCACAACAGGACUGGACACUUGACCAUCAACAGCCUCUGUUUGUCCAAUGGAGGUAGAGUACAGUUUCAGACCUUUUCCUGAUUGGCUACAGGUAGCAUAAGCCAUACUUAAGUCAAAUGUACCAUUUAAAUGGACAAAGCAAGCCAGACAAAAAAAAAUAAAAGUAAUUUAUUCAAAGUUGUAGAGCAUCAUAGCCAAAUUAUAUCAGGAUCCAGG